AGGAGGGAUUAGGGAAGGCAAGGUAGGAGAGAAAAUGAGAGAUGGGGGAGGAAGAGAGGAAAAAGGGAGGAGGGGACCGUGUUUCCAUCUCUCACCACAGGAAGUCUGUGAGUGGUUUUAAAUGCAAGCCAGAGUCUGGUUUUGCAGGAUACUUUUGAGUAAGUGUGUGAGGAACAUUCAGCAGCAUGGCACGCCGAGUGGAGCAUCCUGCUGCCGGCUACAAGAAGAUCUUUGAGACAGUGGAGGAGCUGAACGAACCUAUUCCUGCUACACUCAAGGGUGUCAUACCGUCAUGGCUGGGCGGCAGUCUUCUCCGAAUGGGUCCAGGUCUUUUUGAGGUGGGAGAUGAGCCUUUCCACCACCUGUUUGAUGGGCAGGCUCUCAUUCACAAGUUUGACCUAAAGGAUGGUCAGGUGACCUACUACAGGAAGUUUAUCAAGACAGAUGCGUAUGUUCGUGCCAUGACAGAGAACAGAAUAGUCAUCACUGAGUUUGGCACAGCAGCCUACCCAGACCCCUGCAAAAACAUCUUCUCCAGAUUCUUUACUUACUUCAGAGGCAUUGAGGUGACUGAUAACUGCAUGGUGAACAUCUAUCCAGUCGGUGAAGACUUCUACGCCGUCACAGAGACUAAUUUUAUCACUAAGGUCGAUCCUGAUUCGCUGGAGACUUUGAAGAGGGUGGACCUGUGUAAGUACCUCUCAGUAAAUGGGUUGACGGCCCACCCCCACAUUGAAGCAGAUGGCACAGUCUAUAACAUCGGCAACUGCUUUGGAAAGAACAUGAGUCUGGCCUAUAACAUCGUCAAGAUCCCACCCACUCAGAAAGAUGGGUCGGAUCCCCUGGAGAAAUCCCAGGUUGUUGUUCAACUACCCAGCAGUGAGAGGUUAAAACCCUCCUAUGUACACAGUUUUGGUAUGACAGACAACCACUUUGUGUUUGUGGAGCAGCCGGUAAAAAUCAACCUGCUCAAGUUCCUGUCGGCUUGGAGCGUCAGAGGGGCCACAUACAUGGACUGCUUUGAAUCCAACGAAAGCAUGGGGACAUGGUUUCACUUGGCCACUAAGGACCCAGCCGAACAUUUGAGCAGCCACAAGUUCAGAACAUCAGCUUUCAACAUCUUUCACCAUAUUAACGCCUACGAGGAUCAGGGGUUCAUUGUGGUUGACCUCUGCACGUGGAAAGGACAUGACUUUGUGUAUGACUACCUGUACCUGGCCAACAUAAAGCAGGAAUGGGAGGAAGUGAAGAAGGCAGCGAUGAGAGCUCCUCAGCCUGAGGUCAGGCGAUAUGUACUGCCACUGGAUAUACACAAGGAGGAGCAGGGAAAGAAUCUGGUGUGUCUUCCCUACACCACAGCAACUGCUGUUCUUCACAGCGAUGGAACCAUUUGGCUCGAGCCUGAGGUUCUCUUUUCUGGACCAAGACAGGCCUUUGAGUUUCCACAGAUAAACUACUCUCUGUGUCGUGGGAAGAAGUAUUCCUUUGCAUACGGUCUGGGACUCAACCAUUUUAUCCCUGACAGGAUAGUCAAGCUGAACGUACAGACCAAAGAGACCUGGGUGUGGCAGGAGGAGGACUGUUACCCUUCAGAGCCGCUGUUUGUACCAACGCCGGAAGCUACAGAGGAGGACGAUGGUGUGCUGCUGAGCAUCGUGGUGAAGCCAGGUGCAGAGAGACCGGGCUUCCUGCUGGUGCUGGAUGCUGUGAAACUAACAGAGCUGGCCCGGGCCGAGGUCAACACCAUCAUACCCGUGACCCUCCACGGCCUCUACAAACCGUGACUUCAACGUUCGUCCUGAAACAGCCAAGAAAUGCCUUAUAAACAGCACAACGCCUUCACUUUCCUGCCAGCUCACUACAUUUUUCAACUAAAAAUGGCUCCCAAAGUACCUUUCUUUAGAUUUAAUUAGAACUUUUUUUCCCCCCGUCAUGCCCUUAGGACCUGAUAAAACACUGUACAUUUAUUUUGUUGUUAAAUAGAGUAGAAUUAAUGUUUUUUGGUCCAAACUUGCUCACAAUUAAAAAGUGUCUUGUUGCUGGUGGAGUGCCCGUGUAGAGAGAGCUAACUUCAAAAAUAAUAACUGCAUAUUUUUGUAUGAUUUUAUGUAAAGUAGGUGUCAAACACAAUAUUUUAAAACGUUUUUUAAAUAUUUUAUUUAAAAAGCUGGUUGCAGUUGCUUCUUUAUAGUGUACACACCAACAAAAAAAACCAUUAAAAUAAUUAAACAUAAAAGGUGGAAAAAAAGUAUAAACAUAAUAAAAUAUAAUACAAGUAAAAGCAAUAAUCAUAAAGGUAAUAUACAUAUCUACAGUAGAAUGGAGAUGAACCACAAAGAAUACUCAAUAUAAAAUGUUCAAGAUUUAGUUAGACCAUUCUAUAAAAGACUAUAUACUACAGCAACAGAAAUAUAGACUUACAUAUAGACGUAUAUAUAUUCUACAGUAGAAUGUUUUCCUGUAUCUAUCCUUGUAUCUGACCUGUGAUAAUACUUUUAUAUAGAAGUACAUAUUUUUUUUGUACAUGCCACCUAUAUUAUCCAGACAAAAACUCCAAUACGGACAUGAGAAACGAGUAAUACAGCUCCUGUGUAACAGUUGUUAGAAUUGUUCUGUUUACAAGUUUUCUUGUGCUGCCCCCAAGUGGCACAAUCAAUAAAUGCAUGUUAAAUGAUAUCUCGCUAAUUUUAAAAGUACCUUCCAUCCCUUUUAAAGGGUUCUGCUCAUUGGGGUGGGCAAUUAACUGCUUUUUGUACCUGCUGUACACUGUCCAUGUGGACACAUUUGUAUUCAGAAUGUAAAAAUGAUUGCCAAUUUCUGUUCAAAGUAUGAAAAUAAAACUUUUACUACUCUGA